AUGCAAGCAAGUAUUGGAACAGAUGAGUUCAACCGUGAUGGACGGGCUGUGAUCACAACUUCUAUAGUAGAUGGUUGUGAGGUAGCAAUGGCAACUUGUUUUGCGGACGCUAAUCGAGAUACUCUUGUGCAAGUAUUUGUGGGCGGUGUCCCCUACAUUCUGAAUGGAGGAUGCGGUACCGCUGAUCUCCCACCAAAUCUAAUCACAUGCAACGCGGCUGGCAACUGGGUUUUCGCCAUUACCGGGGAAAUCAAUCCAACAAUUCAAUGCAGCGUAACUACGGUUGGACCUGACUGUUGA